CCUUGUCAAGGUCGUGUUGCAGCCAAGGGGUGGGUUUCCUGCAGCUCCGAGACCUGAGGCAGGAAGUCUGCAAAACAUGGCUCUUUGUGCCACCCGUUUCCUUGUUCAGCACUGAUCUGCACACGACCUCCUCGGGACAUCAAGAAUGCUUCCUUUCCAGGCUGCCCCGGGGCAGUUUGGCCCAGAGGCACGAGAGCCGGGGCUGAGGUGCUGGCGGGUAGAGAAGAUGAAGGCCGUGCCGCUGGAGCCCUCGGAGCUCGGUGCAUUCUUCAAUGGGGACUCAUACCUGGUGCUGCAUAAUCGCGGCGAAGAGGGUGCAGACCUGCACAUGUGGAUCGGUGAGAAGUCGUCUCGUGAUGAGCAGGUGGCCUGCGCCAUGUUGGCCACGCAGCUGGACAACUUCCUGGGAGGAGACCCCAUCCAGCACCGCCAGGUGCAGGGUUACGAGUCCUCCGAGUUCAUGAGCCUUUUCCCCAGAGGAGUCACUUACAAGGAGGGUGGUGUCGAGUCGGGUUUCCGGAAGAGCCAGUCUGGCUGCGGCCCAGUUCACAGGCUCUACCAGAUCAAGGGCAAGCGCAACAUCAGGGCUAAGGAGGUCGAGCUCAGUUGGGAGAGCUUCAACAAAGGAGAUUGCUUCAUCCUGGACCUGGGCGAGACGAUUGUGUCCUGGGUUGGAUCCCAAGCAAACAUCUUCGAGAAGCAGAAGGUGCGCGAGAUCGCCACUCUGAUCCGUGACACAGAGAGACAUGGCAAGGCCCAGAUCACUAACGUCAGCGAAGGGGAGGAGACAACAGAAAUGCUGGAGGUUUUGGGUCCAGUCCCCGACCUGAAAGACAGCACUCCAGAAGAGGAUAGCAGAGCUGAUGCCUCGAACUCUGCCUCCCUGUACAAGGUGUCUGAUGCCACGGGUUUGAUGAAGCUGACCAAGGUGUCUGAUAAAAGCCCAUUUCCAAGGGACCUCCUGCUGCGCGACGACUGCUUCAUACUGGACAAUGGGGCCAACGGCAAGAUCUUUGUGUGGAAAGGCAGUGGCGCCAAUGCCGAGGAGAAGAGGGAGGCUCUCAAGAUGGCCGAUGGCUUCAUCGAGAAGAUGAAUUACCCCCGCAUGAAGACGCAGGUGGAGAUCAUCCCACAAGGCCGAGAACGGGUCAUCUUCAAGCAGUUCUUUCAGGACUGGAACUAACUCCCUGGCCUCCUGCUCCUCCUCUGGGUCAUGGCUCUUUUAUGCUCCUGCAGUAAAGCACAGUGCUUUGCUUUCCAAAGGUUGCACCCGGAAAAGCAAUUUCCAUACAAUAAGUUAAAACUCGGCGGAAUGUCAGGGAAGAGCCCGAGACGUAAUUUGACCCAUUAACAGUUUAAUGCCAAUAAUUUGAAAAUGCAGAGCUUUAAAAGGUACAAAGAGCACCAACGUUAACAGUCAAGAGUUAGUCCAAAAGCUCUAAAGAUCAAAUGAAAGAAAAAUGAAUGUAAUUAUGUUCCCACGUCAACGCCUGCUGUUCUAAAGUUAGAUUGAGACCUGACAGAGGGUCCCCUACUGUCGACUCUUUAUCCGAUACCAGCUCGGCCAGUUGCUUUUUUUAAUUGUCAAUGAACAUUUCGGAGUUCACGCAAACACUUUGCAGCACAGCAACCCGAAGCA